AUGCGUGAACUCAAAGACAUGUCAAAUGUUCCGUGGUGCAUUGUCGGUGAUUUCAAUGACUUGUUAUCCCAACAGGAUAAAAUCGGAAAUCAUAUUCAUCCUAAUUGGUUGUGUGUCGGUUUUUGUCAAGCGGAAAGUUUAGGCAGAGCCCUUGUUAAACCUAACUUGAUGGAUAAGUUUCCUAAUGCAAAACUAAUCAAACUAAUGGCCUCUCAUUUUGACCAUAGCCCGAAUUUUCUUCACUAUGAACCAGUCCAACGUCGUCAGAGUAAGUACUUGUUUAAAUUCGAGAACAACUGGUUGAAGGAAGAUGAUAUUGAGGAGAUAGAAUCGUGUGCAGGCGAACUGGUUAGGUGGAAUGGUCGUAAUCGCAGCAAGCUAAAAGAAAAUAAAGCGACGCAUUUAGCUACUAUGGAAGCUUAUCGCGGUGGUCAUGAUGCGGCUUCAGCUGCUCGUUUGAUCUAUUGUGGCACAUAA